UGUAAAGGCUUUGAAUUGUCGAAAUCAAUAUUUUCUAAUAUUUUCAAACAGAGGAAACUAAAUCCAAGAUGUGCAUUUCGACCACUCUUAGCUAAUAUAAAAGCAAUGUCAGCUGAUCAAGAAACCCAAGUUGAUAUUGGAAGUGACAGUGUAAACAAGUCCGUGGUGUUUUUCAAAUGGGGGACACAGAACGCUCCUUUCCAUUGCCAAACUUGUAACCAGCCUUUUCAAAGUGCCGAUUUGUUGAAAUGGCACGUAUCCAAGCAACACAGCGGUUCAGUCUCAAAUGUAAAGAACACAUGCUCUGUGUGUAACUCGAGCUUUCCAACGCCUUGGUCGCUACAGCAACAUGAGACAACGCACAGGUUGGUGGAAAAGUGUCAAUACUGUGGUGUUGUCUUUGUAAAUAAGGCUCGACUUGAUGAACAUAUAAAAGGUCACACAAAUUUGAUGAAAUGCCCUAAGUGUCCGCAGAAAUUUCUGUAUCAAAACCGGUUAGACUUGCACAUGCUUACACAUCAGUCAAAAUCGAAUUUUGAGUGCAAAAUUUGUUCUAAGAAAUUUGUCCGACAAGAAACGCUUGAGAAGCACUUAUUGAUCCACAACAAGAAAGAUGCCAAGGAUAAAAAGAAAUUCACCUGUGCAGUAUGCUUCAAAGGGUUUCCUACAUUGCUUUUACUGAAAGAGCAUUCAAAAAAUGUACAUGGGUAUAAGGAUGCCAGACGAAAGUGUGAGAUUUGCGGAAAGAUUGUCCAGUAUUCAGGCAUGACAAGGCAUAAGAAAACCCAUUUUGAUCAACGAGACUACCAAUGCGUUAUUUGCGACAGGAAAUUUUUCCAAAGUGAACAUCUUGUAGCACACCUAACAACACACAGUGAUGAUAAAAACUUUGUGUGCAGUGUUUGUGGCGAGAGUUUUAAGGGUAAAAGAAGUCUCCAGAGGCAUUCCAACAUUCAUUGGCUCGGAAACUUUGGCUUUGCCAGUGCUCCAACUGUAAACAGCCAGGUUAGCACACCUAGUGCAAAUAGUAGUGGCUCCAACUUUCAGUGUAUGGUUUGCAAGGAUGUGGACUUCGAAGAGGAAAAGCUUUUGAUUAAGCAUAUCAGAGAGCGUCACAUCAUCAGGCAUGUUCCCGAGAAGAAAAAAGCCCAGGUCAAAGUCCCUGACUACAAAUAUCAGUGCAUAGUGUGCAAGAAAUUGUUGACCGAGAGAUCUCUAUCGAGGCAUAUUUUAAGUCAUGAACAUAUUGGGGAUAAAUUGAAUGGAGGAAAAAAUGCAUAUAUUUUGCUUGAUAAAAAUUCUGAUGCUACUUUGUAUAAUUCUAAAGUGCAUAAUGGUGAUGAUAUGUCCAACGGAGACAUGGCAGUGGAAAAUUCUGAGGAAAGAUAUGCAAAUUCAGAAGAAAUUAAUGAGGCAUUGAUACAUAGUUAUGGAACACUAGAAAGUAGUAAAUCAAUGUUAAUAGAAGAUGGAACAUGUAAUGGGAAGUAUUUUGUUCAAAAUGGAACUUUGUGUAAAGGAACUAGUUUGGGAGCGUCACAGAAUUUUGAAAAUGGUCUUACAGCAGCACCUGUAAAUUCUGAAAUCAAGCAUUGUGUUGAAGAUUCUGAUAUUGGACAUUGUGGUAAUGAGGGAAACCUGUAUGAAACGAUUCCAACUAUUAUUCAGGGUAAUAAAGAUGCCAGUCAAGUUUAUAUAAUGUCCAAUUAUGAUGAUAUGUCCAAUGGAGACAUGGCACUGGAAAAUGCUGAGGAACGUUGUGCAAAUUCAGGAGAAAACAAUGAGGCAUCGGUCAACAAUUUCGGAACACUAGAAAACAGUAAAUCAAUGUUCAUUGAAGAGGUAUCAAGUUAUGGGAUUGACUUUAGUGAAAAUGAAAGUUUGUGUAAAGGAACUAGUUUGGAAGCAUCACAGAUUUCUGAUAAUGGUACAGCAGCAGUUGCAAAUCUUGAAAUCAUAGAUUGCGUUGAAGAGCCUGAAGUUGAACAGUGUGGUAAUCAUGGAAACCUGCAUGAAACAAUGCCGAUUAAUGUUCAGGUUAAUGAAGAUGAUUGUCAAGUAAUUAUUAUGGCCAAUGAUCUUUCAUGGUUUUAAUUGACUUUUAAGCAUUUAACUGGAUUGUAAAAUAAUUGCAAAGCAUUUCAUUUAUAGUUGCUUUAUACAAAAAUAAGUCUACUGUGAUAUGAGCUGCAGUAAAUGAAUAUAUGAUUAGUACAGUACUAUCUGAAGGUGUUAGAAGACCUUCGACUCUGAUUUAAAGUUCUUUUUUUAUCGUUAAAUUCGUGAUUUUUUAAAUUACGGACUCAAAAUCUUAUUGUAUUUCCUGAUCAUAGACUUUAGACAGUACAAAUUUGAUACUUGAAGAAAAAGAUCACUUCAACUAUAAGAACAAUACAUCAAUAAUGUUCAAUAAUGUUGGAAAAUGCGUUUUCAUUGAUAAUAUUAAUAGUAUAAUGAUAAACAAGACAUAAAUAUUAAUCACACUUUCAAUGAUGUGAAGGAAUGUAUAAACAAACAUUGACUGUGAACUGUUAGCAUUGAAUUGACUUGUGAUGUUUAAGAGGUGGAGGAACAUAUGUAUUUAACUAUAUAUUUAUGCCCCCAUUACCAUUGGUAAUGGGGGCUAUAUAGGAGUCACUUUGUCGGUCGGUCAGUCUGUCUGUCUGUCCCGAAUUUUCAUCCGAUCUUCACCAAACUUGGUCACAAGUUGUAUCUAGAUGAUGUAUAGGUCAAGUUUAAAUAUGGGUAAUGCUGUGUCAAAAACUAGGUCACAGGGUCUCUUAGUUUGUUUUAAACCGAAAGUUUGUCCCGACCAUAGCUAUGUCAUUUAUCGUUAGAUUUUAAAAUAACUUGGUACAUUUGUUCACCAUCAUGGGACGGUGUGUAGUGUGACAAAAGUACGUCAACUUCUCAAAGAUCAAGGUCACACUUGGAGUUCAAAGGUCAAAUGCAUGUCCGGGCCAUAACUUUAUCAUUUAUUGUGAGAUUUAAAAAUCAUGUGGCAAAUUUGUUCACCAUCAUUGGACGGUGUAUCGCGCGAAAGAAUUUCGUCGAUAUCUCCAAGGUCAAGGUCACACUUUGUGUUCAAAGAAAGGUCAAAUGCAUGUCUGGGCCAUAACUUUAUUAUUUAUUGUGAGAUUUUAAAAUCAUUUGGAAAAUUUGUUCACCAUCAUUGCACAGUAUGUCACGCAAGAGAAUUACGUCGAUAUCUCCAAGGUCAAGGUCACACUUUGAGUUCAAAGAUCAAAAAUGGCCAUAAAUGAGCUUGUCCGGGCAAUAACUAUGUCAUUCAUUGUGAGAUUUUAAAAUCAUUUGGCACAUUUGCUCACCAUCAUUGGACAGUGUGUCGCGCGAAAGAAUUACGUUGAUAUCUCCAAGGUCAAGGUCACACUUUAAGUUCAAAAGUCAAAAAUGGCCAUAAAUGAGCUUGUCCGGGCCAUAACUAUGUUGUUCAUUUUGAGAUUUUAAAAUCAUUUGGCACAUUUGUUCAGCAUCAUUGGCCGGUGUGUUGCUCGAAAGAAUUACGUUGAUAUCACCAAGGUCAAGGUCAAACUUUGAGCUCAAAGGUCAAAAAUGGCCAUAAAUGAGCUUGUCAGGGCCAUAACUAUGUCAUUCAUUGUGAGAUUUUAAAAUCAUUUGGCACAUUUGUUCACCAUUAUUGGAUGGUGUGUCGCGCGAAAGAAUUACGUCGAUAUCUCUAAGGUAAAGGUCACAAUGUGAGUUCAAAGGUCAAAAAUGGCCGUAAAUGAUCUUGUCCGGGCCAUAAAUAUGUCAUUUUAUUGUGAGAUUUUAAAAUUACAUGGUACAUUUGUUCACAAUCAUUGGACAAUGCGUCAUGCGAAAAAAUUUCAUCGAUAUCUUCAAGGUCAAGGUCGCACUUGGAGUUCAAAAGUGAAAAAUGGCCAUAAAUGAGCUUGUCCGGGCCAUAACUAUGUCAUUCAUUGUGAGAUUUUAAAAUGACUCUGUACAUUAAUUUUGUUCACAGUUAUUGGACAGCGUGUCAUGCGAAAGAAUUCAAGAGUUCAAAGGCCAUAAAUAAUAAUGACAUAAUAAUUCUUAAAAAUCACCAUUUAGAUUCUCUUGUUUUGUAAAGACAGCUUGCAAAAUAGUCUGUGUCAAUGCGGCAUGUGGGGGUAUACGUCACGUCUGUGACAAAGCUCUAGUUUAUGUCUUGCUGCAAGUUGUCUUUGCUAAAAUGUUGUUUACAUAUUUUGUCUUAUAAUGAUUUAAAGUAUAAUCCAAACAAUUUAUCAGUUUUUCAUUUCCGGUUAUUAUUAUCCCCACGCUUUUUAAAAAGCGUGGGGAUAUUGUGGUUAUCUCUGCCGUCCGUCUGUCCGUCCUGGCCACUAUCUCCUCCUACACUAUAAGCACUAGAACCUUGAAACUUACACACAUGGUAGCUAUGAGCAUAUGUGCGACCCUGCACUAUUUGGAAUUUUGAUCUGACCCCUAGGUCAAAAGUUAUGGGGGUUGGGGCGGGGCCGGGUCAGAGAUUUUCAUUCUUUUUUUUAAGGUUAUUUUACUAUAAUUUCUUCAUUUCUACACGGAUUGGAUUCAAGUUGAUACCGAACCUCUCUUAUGACAAUACGGUCAAUCUCAACUAUGCAUGGCCCCAUUACUAGAGUUGCGACACCUUA